AUGCAUUACUUGAAAUCCACCCUCCCAUUUAUCCUAGCAGCCGCUACUCUCGCCUCCGCGGAUACAACAUCAACCACAUUAGCAGACAGCUCGGUGAAUACUGCAUGUGCAUCAGAAAAUAUCCUACAGUGCAUCCAAUCAAUGCAAUCUAACCUGGCGAUCUGCGCACCCGACGACUGGAACUGUCAGUGUACUAUUAGUACGAAUAUCUUGGACUGCUAUAACAACUGCCCUGACGACAUAUCGAGAAAAGACGCCGAGUCCACUCGCCAACAAAAUUGUGCUAAUGCCAAAGCACACGCGCCGACAUCAACAGCUGCAUCUGCUACAAGCUCUAGUAGAGCCGCCGCUACGACCAGCACUGAUAUUGACGACGGAGCUGAUAUAUUCGACUCGGAGGUUGAAAAUAAUUUCGAGGGACGUCCAAUAAAGUCGUAUAGUGGGUUGGAGGCCAAUUCGAUUCCCCGUCUAGAAGAGGGAACUGGUUCUAGUUUGAGGAUGGGAAGUUGGUUGGGGGCUCUGGCGCUUGCGGUGGGAGUUCUUUUAUAA